UAGAGAUGGCGCUAAUUUCCGAAUUUUUACCUUAAAUUAUUUCUGCUUUAUUUGAUUUUCUUACUUCUCUUUUCUUAGAUCAGAGUAUCUAAACAAACUCGUUAAAAUUUGUACACUUGAAAAACGUUUUCGAUAUCUAAUUAAUUUUAUUCUCUUUUUUGUUUAACUUAUUUACAAAUUUUUGAAUCGUUAAAAAUCAUUAAAUAUUCGCUAUUAAAUAUUUUUAAUGAAUAUGCAUUAUUAAAACAUUAAUUCUUGUGAUAACGUAUUUUAUUAUUUAUUUGUAAAAAAUUUAUAUAUUUAAUAAAAUAUGACAAGUUUAAAGAAAAAUAAUAGUUGGUUAUUGCCAUCAUUUGAUUGUGAAUCUAUUAAAAAAACACCAACUAAAUGUAUCAUUUCAGAAGAAUUAGAAGCUAAUGUUUCUCAAGUACCAAAUGAUUGUAAUAUAGUUCUGAAAAAAAAAAAUACUAAAAAUUUGUCUGCAUUAUUGGAAGCUUGUGAACCACGAUGUUCUACUGAAUUAGUAGUUAGCAGACAAAAGAGACAAGAAAUUUUAGAUUGGUUGCAAUAUAAAGUAAAAAAGGGUAAACCAGCUAUUUUAGUUUUAUCUGGUCCAUCUGGUUGUGGGAAAACAGCAGCAAUAAGAGUUCUUGCAAAAGAAAAUGAUUUUAAUUUAACAGAAUGGAUUACUCCUAUUGAUCAAGUUGUGGAUGAAAAUAACAGAAUAAUGAAACAAGGAGACAAAUUUGAAGAAUUUUUAAUUAGAGCUACUCGAUAUAAUUCAAUUCUGAAUAAUUGUUCUAAUCGUUUACUUCUUGUAAAAGAUUUUCCAAAUGUUUUUUAUGAUGAUAAAGAAAGCUUUUUUUCUCUUUUGGGAAAAUAUUUUGAGAUUGGAAAAGAACCUAUUGUUUUUGUAUGCACAGAAGCAGGAAAUUCAAAAUUGUUGCAAAUAUUAUUUUCUACUAAUAUAAGGGAAAAGUUUGGAAUUGAUAUGAUUAAUAUAAAUUCUGUUACACAAGUUGCAAUGAAAAAUGCAUUAAAAAGAACAGCUAAUAUUUUAAAUUCAAUUGCUGGACAUAUGUUACAUGUCUCACAACAUAAAGUUGAUGAAAUAUUAUCAAAUAAUGUAGGAGAUAUUAGAAAUGCGUUAUUAAAUCUUAUUUUUAUUUCAUUAAAAGUACCCGAAGAACAAGAAAAUAAAUGUAAUAUACGAGAAGAAACUUUAGGACUUCUCCAUGGUGUUGGACGAGUAAUUAAUCCAAAAAGAAUUCAAACUGGAAAUACUUGGAAAUUUGUACAUGAUCCGGAUGAAAUAAUAACUUUUUUUCAAUCACAAGCAACAGUAUUUUUAAAUUUUUUACAAGAAAAUUAUUUAAAUACUAUGGGAGACAUAGAGAAAGUGAAUAUUUGCACAAAUAUUUUAAGUUUAGCAAAUAUUUUAAAUUCUGAAUGGCGAGAUUCUAAUUUAACUAAAAUUGCUUUAUCUUUUUGCGUCCGAGGUAUAAUGGUAACCAAUGAAAAGCCAAUUUCUGGUUGGAAUCCUGUACGAAAACCACCAAAUGAUCAAAUUAAUGUACAAAGAUGUGUAGCAGCUGCCGAAAUUCGAUGGUAUGAAUCUAUAAUCAAUAAGAAAUCGAAAAAUACAACUUCUCAAAUGGAACUUGUUAUUCCUCCCGACAUCGAGGAAAUUAUUAUUGAAUAAUAUUCAUGGAAUUUAGAGAAGAAGAUAAUAAAAAAUUUUUUUCAUAUAUA